GUAAAAACCUUUCUGAUUCUGAUUCUGAUAAUGUAAGAUAUAAUGGGAUGACUGAUGUUUGUGUGUUGAUGUAAGGGGUCAGAGGGUUCGUAGAACUGUUUCGGAGGUGGCUGAAAUCGCAGUUGCAUUUCUGAAGUCAUGUGUUGAGCGUUUUGAGGCCGAGCUCCACUCUGCGUCCAUAGUACAGGCAAGGGUCCAAACAGCGGAUUCACCGCGUGCUGGCGCCACCGAUGGCAGGGUUGACGUCAUGAUGACAAAUCCAGAGCUCAGCAUUCUCUGCAGGCCAACGAAGUCAGGCAGUCCAUUCUAAACGUCUUAUGCGAUUAAAAAAAAAAACUGUUCCCUUCUUUUUUUUUCAUGCAGUUAUGAAAUGUGGCGUUUAGUCAAUAUUUCAGAGUGGACUUCAAUUAUGUAUGCUGAGCUCUUGAAAUAAAAACACACUUAACUGUCUAAAUCAGAGCGAACUGUAGCGCAUGGAAGAAAGUUGUGCUCUGUGGAUACUCUACCGGCCAAUCUGUGGCGCUUGUGAUGUGACAGACAUGUAGCCCACCUAAUGGAAAACGAGAAAGUGGGCUGGAUGACUGUGUGGAGUUUGGGAUAGAAGUACACAGCUGUUUCACUCGGUUUCAGGGCACGAGCACCAGGAGAUGACAGGAAACGUGUGUUUUUCAUUGUCCUGGACCUCGCGGAUUUCUCGUAGAGGAGAAGGAAAACUGCGGACCCCAUUUGCACAAGAGAAAAGUUGAUCGUGACCAGAUUUUUCCGAGUAAGCACUGGAGACAAACUUCUAUUUGGUUGUACAACUAUACGCAUUCAGUGGAGUUUACAUAUGAGGUUGUUUAUUGGCAGACGCUCCCGCACAAUCUUAAAGUAUGCCAUGCCACGGAUUUUAUCUGGGAAAACCUUUGAAGGCGAGCAACAGGGCUUGAGAACAUUUGGGACGACAAGAGGAAGACUGUAGAGGAAAACAUUUCGCUCUUGACGAGAAAUGCUUUUCAACAUUUAACAUUUUUUUUGUCGUAGGACGGUACAUAGUGUGUUCCAUAACCAACUGACGUGGGGUUCUCGGGGGGCUGGCCGAGAAAGGAGAUCUGGCUGAGGGGGCUGCGCCGCUGCGCGCACACAAACAUACACACACACGCGCCCAAACGCUGUCAAAAACUCACACUUUAUUUGACUAUAAUAUCCUGAACAAAUCCAUUGAACAAAAUACACGUUACUGAGCUAUGGUACAACGAGCGCGAGAUCUAAGUGACACAAUAGGUUGUUAUGCAGGCUUAAACAUUUACACAUUAAGGCGCACUCCAUCCACAAUGUCCGGUUGUUGUUAAAGAGUAGCCUAGCAAAGCUACUAGAAAAGCUGAAACGUGUUUCGUUACGAAAUAGUUUUCAGUACAAUGGAAAUGUUAGAAUUUUCUUGAGCGGACAUAGUUCCAUGACCGCGUUAAAGAUGGUAGAGACGCGGAGCUCCCUCCAGAGGGAGGGGGUGUACCGCUGGUUCUCCGUCCUGAGCUCGGCACAAAGGGCCGAGUUCUUGUGCGGGCUCCUGGAUCUUUGUGUCCCCAUUGAGCUGCGCUUCCUCGGUUCCUGUCUAGAGGACUUGGCCCGUAAGGACUACCACUCCCUCAGGGACGCCGAGAUAAAAGCCAACAACGCGGCGGACCUCGCGAACCUCACCAACAUCACGGACGAGGUGGUGAGGAGCAAGUUACUUAUUUCCCUCGCGCUGCUCAGCUCGGAUAACCGGGAGGCGGCCGGGGUCCUUUUUCGUACGCUAACGCACAUCGACACCAUCAUCAACAACUAUGGGUUGCAGCUUAAUGACGGCCAGACAGGCGAACAGUUUCUCUUGCUCUUCACCAUGGCGUCCAACCACCCCGCUUUCAGCUUUCAUCAGAAACAGGUGCUGCGCCACGGGCUUACACAGAUCCAGGAGAUCCUGCAGCUUACCGGCGGCGAGCAGCAGCACACCACGCCACUCACCCAGGCAUGCCCUGUGCCCACAUGUAUAACUGCGCCUUCGAUCAACUCCUGCCACACCGGUUGCGCAUGUGCCAGCACGGUCGCACACCGAGAGGUUGCCAUUGCUCCAGUGGAUGAAAGUUUUACCCCUGAUGUUCCAGAGGCGACGCCCCCAGCACCACACACCCAUCUGGAGCUGCAGGUCAAAGGUCAUGGUGGGAAACCCAACAAAGUGUGGGUGGAGAGAGUGGAGUUGAAAGAGGUGGUUCACAAGCCGGACAAAUCCACUGAGCUCUUGCUGCAGGUGGUGUGGUCUGACUCCAGCCAAUCAAGCGUCAGCAGAAGUCCUCAGGAGUUGAAGGAGCUGCUCACUCAGGUAUCUCAGCUCUUUCCUGAUGAAUGCUUUGAGAAGUACUUGCCCACAUCUCCUUCCCAUGAGUCUUCACUUGAGCUGGAUCCCAGGUGCCUGUCAUCCCUCCCUCCUCAUGUCCUGAAGCACGACAAACUCAGACCUUUCUUCACCUCAUUGCCUCCGACACAGCUCCCAAACAGCACCAGUCUGGGAUGUCUGCUGCAGUUCCGGGGAGUCAGCAGGGCUGUGUGUGGUGUCGCCAGUAUCCAGCCAGUAGUGAGCGCCCCCCACGGUCCCCCCCUGCUUCAGAGCGCCCUUCCGCCACCUCCUCCCGUGCCCCCCCAGGCGGUUGCCAUGACGACACUGCUCUCAGCCGUGGAUGCGGUCAUGACGGAGUGUGAGGGCGGCGUUCCUCCGUCCCCACGCCCCCACGUCGGCCUCAGCCUCGUCCCUCAGCUGCAGGUGCAGUCAAAGACGCAGGCGAACGUGCCAACACAUUCGCAUUCGCAACCACUGCCGCAUUCGCAGACGCCACAGCCACUGCAUCUGCAGACGCCGACCCAGCAGCAGAUGCAAACGCAGAUGCAGUCUCAGCAGCAGCAGCAGCAGCAGCAGCAGCAGCAGCAGCAGCAGCCCAGCCCCGAACAGAACUGCUUGCUCGACUGGCUCCGCAAACUGCGACUGCACAAGUACUACCCUGUGUUCAAGCAGCUGACCAUGGAAGAGUUCCUGGCUUUGACAGAGGAGGACCUGAACAAAUAUGACUUGACGCAGGGUGCCAAGAAGAAAUUGAAAACGCAGCUGGAACUGCAGAAAGAGAAGAGGUAUGUGGUCUCUCAAUUUCCAGUGUCCUGCAGUGGAGUUGCCAGAGUGACGCCUUCCAGCCAUGUCAGCCCCUUGACACACACACACACCAGUAGCAAUACAGAGCUGCGGGUGGAGGUGGAAACAGGCUCAGUGCCGGUGCCCAGAGACAGCAGCUCCUCCUCAGGCUACUCCAGUGCCCCCAACAGCCCCAUGACGCCCAAGAGCAGGGACGUGGCCUUCGACAAGUCUAAGGACCUGCACCGCCGUGGAGAGGCCGCAUUGGAUAUCAGCGAGAAGGACCGGACGGUCCUUAUGAGCCCGGUACUGUCAUCGGGCCCCAGCAGGCCAACCGCGCAGGUGCUCCCUGUGCAGACUGACCCCACCCCCUCCCUAAACCUGCCCCCUCCACUGGCGCCCGGGCGCUCCCUCACCUCCCCCCGAAAGCCCCGGCCUCCCCCGCUGUGCGCUGACGACCGGCGGCUCGUGAUGGGGGCCCGUCUGGAGAGCCUGUUCCCCAGCCUGAGCCUGGAGACCCCCCCCAGCAUGCUGCGCUCCCCGCCGGGGCUCAUGGUGGAGACCAGCUCUGCCCUCACAGCCACGUCCAACACCGUGCACCACGUCUCACACCCUCCACUCCACCUGCAGCUGUCCCCCUCCCUCCCCGCACGGAGUGGGCACCACUACCCCUUCUUCUCCUCUUCCUCAUCCUCUGCCCCCUCGCCGUCUUCCUCGUACUCCUCCAAGUCCUCCUUCCCUGCUGCCAGCGGGGUCCCCAUGGCGACGGCGAGUAGCAUUCCCAUGAUGGCCGUGCCUGGCAACACCUAUUGCGUUAACAACAUAUCAGCACUGGCGCCGAGCACCAGCCCCACCUCCACAGAGGCCUGCUACGGCGUGUCAUCUUCCUCCUACUCUGCUCCGUCUUCAUCGUCAUCUUCGUCAUGCAUGUGUGUGUGCAGCUCGUGCGGCUGCAGUGGGAACUGCGGCUCGUACGCAGCGCUGCCCACCAGCUACACCGGGUACUUCCCCCACCCCUUCUCGGGCACGUCGGUGUUCACCCUGGGCCCUCUGCUGCACCUCAGCCCUCUGCUGACAGGGGGCGCUGCUCCACCGACACCCUUCUCCUACCCCGUUGUAGCCCCUCCUCUUUACAGCAACAGCCUAUCACAUGAGGCACAGCAGCAGCAGCAGCAGCAGCAGCAGCAGCACCAGGGGCUGGUCCUUCCACCUAUGCAGGGCUUCUUGGGGGGCGGGGGUAAUGUGUACCAGCCCUACGGAAUGCUGGGUAAUGGAGGCAACCUGAAAAAGGGGGGCGGGAACAUCUCAUGUUACAACUGUGGUGUGAGUGGCCACCGGGCACAAGACUGCAAGCAGCCGGCCAUGGACUCCGCCCAGCAAGGGACUUUUCGGCUGAAGUACGCCCCUCAGACUGACAGCCAAGACUCAGGAGACUAGACAAGAUUUCAGCCCGGGAUGGUACCGAGGCUCUGAAGAGGAAUCUGCUCCAGAGAUCACAACUGACUUCAAUCCCACAUACAUCAAGAAACUAUAGACUUUAGUCGUAGACUCUAAUCCUAAAAACUCUGCAAAGCUGAAAAGUCUGAAAGUCUCUCGUACCUGAAGCCACCAGUCUUUGAAGACUGUUCCUAAAGAUUCAAGACCCAGUGAUUCCAACUCCUAUAUACUCCUUUAUGGCCACAGUCUCUAAACCAGGCCUUAAAAAACACUCAACCCCAUUAAAAAGACCUGUCCCUAUACACACCAGUCCUUAAAUACUAGGCCCUAAAGAGCAGAGUAUAAAUAUAUAGUAAUUAAUAAAUGUAAAAAGUCCUAAAACACCUUAAUUUCCAAAGAUUUCAGUUCAGAAAAGUCUCUAAAAGGUCUAGUUCGUCUGAUUUCAGUAAUUAACAACUCCACCUCCAAAGACUCCGUUGUUUGCAGGCUUAUUUUCUCUUUGAGCCUCUCUUACCCACUACUAGAUGGAGCCCACUAGAACCUCUGCAGGCUGGAUGAGUGGUCACCUUUAUCAACUCUCUCUGUAGAACUUCUGCAGGCUGGAUCAGUGGGCACCCCUAUCAACUCUCUCUGUAGAACCUCUGCAGGCUGGAUCAGUGGUCACCUCUAUAAACUUCCUCCGAAGUUGGUCUUAACUGGAGGCGGAGGAAGAGGGCACCACAGCCAUGAGGGUACUUUUCAUUUUGGGAGUCAGUUUUUUGUGUGUGUGGCCUUUUUUCAUCAGGGAAAGGAACUGAAGCAUUUAGACACUCUUUCUCCCCACUCAGGUAGAAAAUCUCAUGAAUAGAGAAUGAUCCUUACGCUGAGAAACCAUGCUGGCCCUGGGAGGGAGACAGGAGUGGCACACAGUGGCAUUUUCUUCCUCAGAGUGGAAGAGACCUGCACAGACUGCCAAAUCCUCUGAGUUUUUGUAUUAAAGAGGGUGGGCCUCUGUUGCUAUCCUCAUUCAGUAAAUUGCCAAAUAAUAUCAAGAGAAUCCAGAAUGUCCCUCUUCUGUGAUUCCUUCUGCAUUAACAGUGUGUUUUAUUGGACCUCUGAAUGGAAUUGACAGAGAUCUUUUUGUAUAAGUGAACAGGAGUUCACUCAGGGACUCUUGAGUAUCUUAUUUCGUUUGUCAUUGUCAUCAAGUUUUUACAUGCUAUUUUUCAGGUUCCUGACAUAUUUUUAAAAUAUUUCUAUGACUUUUCGAAAAACGUUUAUGUAUUUGUAAAUGUCAGAAUCUGCCAGUCGAAUAACAUAAAGCACUUGAAUUGGAGGGGGAAAAAAACUAAUAUUGAUAAAAAAAGGUUGCCCUGGUACCUCUGAGAGGGACAACUUGUGUAGUGUUGUGUUGUGUGCCAGGCUACGGAAGACUGAAGUGUUUCACCCACUUCCUGGUGCUGAUGUGUGCCCGCCUCUAAGAGGACUGUUACCCGGUCCCGUUAUGUGAAUGUGUGUGGAGGGACGAGCUAAGGUUGAGUGACAUCUUGAAAGCACUUUUUUAUCCAAUCAGAGAGUGUGUCCUGGUUGUUAGUUAUUGCAGGCCAGCAGGUUCUGGCCAUAUUGAAGAUAUGUAUUUUGUAUCAGGAUGCUUUUGAAGGGAUUCAUCACACAUUGCCUUAUAGUGCUUUAGACAGGGCUUCCCACGUGCCUACAAGUAUAUAAGAGAAGAGCAGGAGGGAUACAGUUUUGCCUUUUCUGAAAAAAAGCUUAGAAGACAUAAAGGUUAAACUCCUCACAUGUCAAACAUGUCAGAAUGACCAUGGAAGAGUGUAUGAGAUAUCUUAAAGAUGAGACAUGCAAGUCUAGUCUAUGUUGUAUUGCGCAUUGUAUUUUGUCCUCACAGUUCAACAUCGUAUCCAUAAUGUGUAUUAGAUUCAGAAUGAAUAUCUCAAGUCCAUGACGUAUUCACCAAGCCUCAUGGACUACAAAGAGAUGAGUGAACAAUUUAAGUAACACUUCAACAGAUCAUCAACUUGUCAUGGAAUGUAUGGCCAUAGAGUAUUGACUCAUCGUGCCCCUGGAUCCACCGCAGUCAUGCACAAGAAGGCUUAAAAAUGGAGGUUCCUCAGUAUUGCCAUGCAUUCUGGUGUCUUUGUGUUUUUAGAGCAUUUUUGCCCGGUUGUUUUUCUGACUGUAAUAUGGAUGUCAGACAUUUAUAUGAAAACAGACAGUAACCUCAUUGACCUAAAGGCAAAAUGCACACAAUGCAAGAGAAUACUGAGGAACACUGUUACAAUCACAUUGUCAAUUUAGAUAUAGAGGUGACUCUGUUAAUAAAUGUAAACAUUGCACUAUUAAUGUAGAACUAUUUUGGUCAUAUUUGAUCAUAUCCACUUCAGUACACUUUCUAAAAUGACACUCUGAUUGGCAGCUGUUGGAAACCAGCUGUGAUAAUGCAGUGUUGCUGGCACAGUGAAUACCGGCAUCUGGUUAUGCCUGCAGGUCAAAUGUGUUGCCAUAGUGACAAAACAUUAGGGACGUGGGGGGGGGGGUCUGGUCUGAGGAAGGGAGUAGGGGACAUGAACAGUUUGGUGCAGGGCCUAAAAUGUGGUGCUAUGUCCUUGCAUGACAUGUGAUUGUAACAGAAAUCAGUAGGCUCCUUAGGCUUUUGGCCUCUUUGGUAGCGACUCCAAAUGCCAUACCUGAGGUUGCAGAUUCAAUCCCAGUGUAGGACAGCCGUCAUAAAAGCACAACGAGAUCAUAAAAGCAUCUAUACUUUCAUACACAUCUACACUUUGGUGAGAUCUUAACAAAGGUUUUAUAUGAAUGCUAUCAUAUCAUUCAAUCACUGAAUUAAUGGAUCAAAUACAGUCCUACAUACAUUGGCAUUGACAAGACAACAGAUGAUAGAGUUCAGGUUGUUUCAUCCUAUGAGAUGUGGUGGCGCUGCACUGUGCAGCAGAUGUGCAUUCUGGGACAUGUAGUUGGUUAUACUCUGGCUUUGCUUUCUGAAAGGAUUUUCAGGAGUGUUUAUUCCUGAAGCCCAAGCUCUCUUCUUCACCAGAAUCUGCCGGUCAGGUCAACCAUCACCAGUGCAGUAUUCCUUAUUCUUAUUGGGGCUCUCAGAAUAUUCACUUUCUGUACAGCUUUCUCUGUUUCUACUGCCAGUAUCCCCUGGCAGUAUACCGUAAUGUGUCUUAAUGCUGAUAGCAUUUCCAAAAAGACUUUUUUACACUCCUAGUUGGUUCUUAUUCAUUUUUAAACAGUAGUAGAAAAAAAUAUAUUUUCAGUAAGCAUCUAAUGUUUUGAAUGUUUUGGAUUGUGUUCCUUCCUAUCAUAUAUUCUGACAUCAUCUGAUUAAUUGAAGCUGAUGUUCAGCAGUACAGGUCUUCCAGAGCCCUAGUGCAUUCAGUACAAAUUCAGGAUGAAAGCUGUUUCCUAUGCAUGCUGCCUUAUCUUUUCCUGCUUUAAAUACAACAUGGUUUGCCAUGACAAUGAAAUGUAUUCUUCAAAUGUAAAAAUGUAAAACAGUGGGUUUCGUAUACUAUUUGGAAUUAAGAACAUGAAAAAUAAAAUUAGAUUUUUUUUCAGAUUUAA